AUGCGGCGAUGGCACAACAUCGUCAAGAGAUCACUACCGAGACGAACGACGCUGGGCAGUCUCUCAACGAAGUCACCACUUCUUGCGUCUGGAGAAGGCCUUCUGCUUGGACACGAGCUAUCUACUGGUUCGAAUCCUUCCUUUGUGAGCGGCGGGGGCGGAUCGCUUUUAGACCUCUCUCACAGCUUCUGCCCCUUUACCGUUAUCAUGCUACAUGGAAGUAAAUACUGCUCAGACACAGUGGAGUAUCUUUGGGCUUUGUUUGUGUUGACAUUGCGCACUACUGACGCCUCGCUUAGUUUGUCAGAGGCGCAUCUCUUUAGUGGGAGCUCUGUUGUGGGGUAUUACUCUCUUCGAACUGUGCUUGACCGACUUAAAACAGUCUUGGCAACUUCUUCUCGGGGGGACUUGGCAUGCAUGCGCUUGGUGAUCGCACUUGUGACAUCCCCUUGCACGUUGGACGAGUCCCUUUUGGUCGAGGUAAGAAACCUUCGGUGGCCCAUUCCAGUUUAUACCUUGCAGCUGAUACUGUCAGUUUCCGCAGCUCCCUCUAUCCUUGCUUGCAUCUUGAAUGGGGAACUUGGAAAAUGUUCUGGCAACGGUGUCAGCCCCGAGUUUUUUGCCGCCUGCCUAAAUGGACUCUUGUCCAAUGAUCAGUUUUUCUCAUCUGUGUGCUUUCAUGAAAUGCAUCUUCUUCUUGUGAGCGUUGUAGAGAGCAUUGGCCCAACCUUUGACUUUUUGUCGCUUAAGUGGACACCGCUACUGAGUAAACUAAGUCGCAUUUAUAUGCGGCAAUCCCAAGGAGAGCUUCUUGCCUCGCUGCAUUUUAAGCUUCUCCAAAGGAUACCUGCAUUGGAGACAAAGAUGCCGCUGACCUACAUUGUUCGAACCUUAGGUAGCCUUGUUGACGCGUCUGCAGGGAAGGAUGAUACUCGGGUUUUGUGGUGCACAAUACUUGACAUAGCAUCGCUUGCGGUUCGUCUUCAUGGUAACUCAAAGGAAGGUCUUCAAGCUGUAUGGAAACCCUUUUUUAAGGCCGCCGUGACGUUAAAACCCAAUUCCUUGAAUUACGCACGAGUUCUUGAAGCCUAUCAUGUUUCUGCUUCUCAAGGGCUUCCGAUGACACUGGAUAAGACGGGCUUUUCUCAAGUGGUGCGUUUUUUGCUUGGCUCUAUCGCACAUUCUUCGUUAGAGGAGACUUCUGCCGCGAUGCGAGAUUUUUAUCGUUUUUUAAAAGAGCAUCCAAGUAUCCACUUUUUGUGGAUCUUGGAUAGUCUUAUUAGCCUACUGGGUGAAACUUGGGAGUCUCACGGAGAUGGGGCGUCGGCUCUUGUGCAGGAUUUCAUCAAGGCCCUCCAAGAGGAUUACUUCCCCUCCAUGCGCUUGAGUGGGGUGUCGCUUAUUGAUAAUCCGCAACUUCGUCCUUUGCUAGAAAAGUUCCAUGUGGUAAAUAAGACAGAGUUUUGGUGGCGAUGCGGAUGUGGGGCGCAGCUUCCGGCUUCUGCAAAAAGGUGUUUAAUGUGCAUGCGACGACGCAACGCGGCUUGGACUUGUGUCACGUGUGGGGCGGUGCAUAAAGAUACAAAUGUGGAACAGAGUUGCAUCUGCGGUUCCGCAAACCCUCGAAGACUCAAGGCAGAUGCGAUGGGUCUUGAGUUGUGCCUGAAUUGUGGAGGUGUGCUAGACGCUCUGAGUGGGUGCGUCCGAUGUGGGAAUACCUAUCGUGAGGAACUUGCAACACGGGCAUGCUCGUUUUGUGGAAAAACAUACAGUCAACGGGCGGUAUGUUGUCCGUUAUGCUAUGCGGCAAACGAGGAUAAGAAACCACUCCUUUGGUGUUGUGGAGUAUGUGGCGAGUAUAAUCAUUGGACGUGGUCACAGUGCCAACGCUGCCCCGGGCGGCGCAGAGUUGGUUGCGUCGUGGCACCGCUAGAACCUUGGGUGUGUGGAUGUGGUAGGCGCAACCACCCUUGUCUCACAAACUGCGAAGUUUGCUCGCGUGACAGUUGCGAUGCAUAUACCUGCAAUUUCUGCAACACACUCUCUAGUAAACAUUCAGUUAUCCAUCUGGAGCUAGAAUCCAAGAAUAUACGAGUGAUUGCGUGCCAACAUUGUGGCCAUCUUCACCCAAGGGAUCACAAUGUCCUUUGCUCUCCGUACCUUCAACGACGAUGUCAUCAGUGCGGAAAAAGCUACAUUCGAGCAAACUUGCUCUUGGGUAACCAUUGUAAUUUUUGUCAUGCAAAUCUUUCUUGCAAUGAGUUGAUCCCCUUUAAGUGUCAUCCUUGCAAAUCCAAUAUCCUACAAACCGGAUUUCACUGCGUCGCUUGUUUGACCCCACGUUCAGACGCACCCAUCGAUGAUGCGUAUGUGUGGAAGUGCAACCGAGAGGUCUUGGAUCCGACGGCGUCAGGAAAUGCCCAUUUUUGUGGCCAUUGGAAUUAUAGUUGGUUGAGCCAUUGCCGUUUCUGUGGCGAGGGGCGUGCACAAAGCAAGUACGAGGGUAGAGCGCGGUGCUUGUCGUGGGUAUGCGCCGAUUGCCAUCAUCGGAAUUUGCCCACAGAUGUUUUUUUCUGUUCACAAUGUAGCACGGGGAUUCAGGUGAUGGAGGACUGUUGUAUUUGCGGUUUGCCCCACCCAAGUGUGACCUGUGCUUCAAGUAUUUAG